AUGAUGACAUACAAUCAAGAUAACCGCGUGCCCGACGAGGACGAUUUCGUCGUGGUCAACACUACCCUCCCGUCGCUCCCGCUCCCCAGGAGCGCUGAACGGGCUGAUGUGGUCACGGAGCGUCUCGUCCUGAGGGCCCUGAGGGCGGAGGAUUUGAACGCCGUUCACGUGCUGCGGACGCAACCAGAGGUCAUGGUGUGGACGUCAACCGGCCGAGGCGACAAGGACAUGGCCGAGACGCAACACAAGCUGGACAAUUACCUGCCGCCCAACGACGUCGAGACUUUCAACUGUGCCAUCUGCUGGCGGGAAACGGGCGAGCUCAUCGGCAUGGGAGGCAGCUGGCCGGAGCUGGGAUACAUGAUCCGCAAGGAGUUCUGGGGCCGCGGCCUGGCCACGGAGCUGGUCAGGGCGUUCCUCGAGGCGUACGUGAGGCUGCCCCGGGCUCGGGCGCAAAUCAGGGUGGACAGGAGGUCUGUCGUGGCCGUCACGGCGGGCCAGCAGGAGCCCGUCGAGGCGCACGAGGUGCUGGUGGCCCUUGUCGAGGCCUCGAACGAGCGGUCGCACGGGGUGCUGAGGAAAUGCGGGCUGGAGCGGUUCAGUGAGUUUGUCGAGCCCGACUUGAGGGAUCCCUCAAAGACCGUCGGCCUCGUCGCAUAUCGCCUCGUGGUGGCCCGGCCAGGCGUGUAG